CCGCCCGGUCCGGCCCGCGCGCGCGGUUGUUUGCGCGUGGGGCUGCCAAUAAAGUUCUUGGCAGCUUUGAAUUUUUUUUUUUUUAAAGCGCCCGCUGCGGUCACGGCGCAGGCCCCGCCCCACCACUUCCGGUCCCGCCGCCGGGAGCCGGUGCGGCCGUGAGGGCAAUCGCGUCUUGCUGCCGCCGCUGGUCGGGCAUGGUGUUGGGUGCCGGCCCGCCUCGCCUGACUCGCGGUGCUCAGAAGAAAGGUGGCAGUAAUGCUAACACUGGCUAGCAAGCUGAAGCGGGAUGAUGGUCUCAAAGGAUCCCGGACAUCAGCAUCCACAUCUGACUCCACUCGGAGGGUUUCUGUGAGAGACAAGUUGCUUGUUAAAGAGGUUGCAGAACUUGAAGCUAAUUUACCCUGUACGUGUAAAGUACAUUUUCCUGAUCCAAACAAGCUUCAUUGCUUUCAGCUGACUGUAAGCCCAGAUGAGGGUUACUACCAGGGUGGAAAAUUUCAGUUUGAAACUGAAGUUCCUGAUGCCUACAACAUGGUGCCUCCCAAGGUGAAAUGCUUGACUAAAAUCUGGCACCCCAACAUCACAGAAACAGGGGAAAUAUGUCUAAGUUUACUAAGAGAACAUUCGAUUGAUGGCACUGGCUGGGCUCCCACUAGGACAUUGAAGGAUGUUGUUUGGGGGUUAAACUCAUUAUUUACUGAUCUUUUGAAUUUUGAUGAUCCACUGAAUAUUGAAGCUGCUGAACAUCAUUUACGAGACAAGGAGGAUUUCCGGGACAAAGUGGAUGAAUACAUCAAACGCUAUGCCAGAUGAUAAGAGGAGAGAUUGCAGGUCUGAGGACUGUCACAGUUGUCUCUGAUGUGAAACAGCUCGAGGUAGCCCUCCUCCCCAUCCUCAUACUCCCUGUCAGCCCCUUGGGAUUGUCCCAGUCUUGCGACCAUGUUGUCCUGAAGAAGACCAUCCUCCUGACUACACAAUACAGCAAGAAAAUAUGUCUGGACCUCGAGAGCAUUGUCUGCUUCCCUUAAAAUGUUUACUGAAACUCCACUGUCUAGGCUGUGGGAUUCCUCCGAAGUUUUAAUGAACUCACCAUUGAGGAUAGCGCUUGCUUCCCUUCCCCCCAACAAAAUCGGUGUCCUGCACAAGUGAUGUAAUGACAUGUUCGGUGUGACUGGCAGAUUGGCAAUAAGAAACCCGCUAUAAACUGUGAUUGGAUGCACAUUCUCUUAGCUUCUUCCACGAAUGUUGGCCCUGCCUAGAUGUGAAGCUUCCCAGAAUGCAUAGUCAUUCACUGUAGAUCUUACUGAAAUGCGUAUUUUAUUUAAUGUAAGUAUAUUUUGGAACAGAUUUGUAAUUUGUACAAUUUGAUGCUUUAAUUAUUUUUUCUAUUCUCAUUUAGUUUGUAUUUUCAUUGUACAGAGCAGACACAAAAAUUGGGUCAAGCAACUCUUGAAGAGAAAUACAAAGAUACCCUGAAAGGCACACUACUCAGUGUCCCCAGAUGCAGCAGGAGUCUGGCUCCUAGUCAUCAGCUCUUCUUUCAGGUCCACACGUGACAAGGAUGCUUUGGAGACUUAGAGCCUAGACCUGAAUGAUCAAAACCAAAGGCAGGGAGGCUUCCCCCACAUGCUACCCAGACACAGUAGGCUGGGUUUCCUAAGCAAGGGUAGUGGCUGAUUUUGCAGUUGUCAUAGCAUGAGCCAGGGCUUCCUUAACUGCUCUGUCUUUGCUGUCCAGCAGAAGGAAAUGCCUGGGGAAUCAGCUCAGUCUGUGUUUCCAAGACUGCACUGUGAUUGUCUUCUGACUUGCCAGUGGUUCUUGCCCUAAAAGGGGAGUUUCAUAAGUCUUGGCAGACUAGGCAGUAGGAGCAGCAGAUGCCACCCUCAGUCAGGGCAGAGGACUUCAGGAUCCGUCCUGUAGAGAGACUAGUGAAUUUAUUCAGCUUUAGGCAUUUAAACUAGUGAAAUCUAAUGCAAAAUAAAUGCAUGUCUGGUUUUA